GCAGCGACGCGCCACCGGCCAGCCUCGCCACUCAGUGCACGCGCUGCCUCGCCGCCGCCAGCCUGCGUGGACCGCCCGCGCCCGACCGGCCACCACGCUCCUACAUCGCUCCCGAUACACCCGACUCACUCGCGACAAUCCACUACUAUACAAUCUCCCUACAAUAAUUGUUACAAUAAAUAAAGAACUUUUUAAACUUUGAUAAUAAUUUAACACGUGAGUUUUGCCACAACCUCUUGUUUACAUUUUCCGAAGGUGCUAUUUUUUGUAUUAACGAGUUUUAAGUGCAUCGCAAGUGAAGUUAUUAUUUUUGAAGGUGCUGGAGGGAUCGCAAUAUUCAAUUUAAGGUGUUGCGGUCGUGUGGCGUGGCGCUCGAGUGUGAUGCGCGGCGGGCGGAGCGCUGGUCGCCGGCGCCGCGAGUAGUCGCGACCAUGCGGGGCCGAGCCGCGCGCGCCGCCGCCGCCGCCCUCAUCGUCUGCUCGCUUUUAACUACGGCACACGCCUCAUCCGCUGUCAUCAAAGGUCAGCGGGCGCCGUGCUCCAACGAAGGUGAGCCUGUGAAGCUGCAGGACGCCAGGCUGGAGCAGGACUGGAGUAGCUGCUUCCGUUGUAUUUGUAAGAACGGCUUCGUGGAGUGCCGGAGUGGUGUGGAGGAGUGCGGGCAGAUGGACGACUGCGCGGUGGUGAUGCCUCGCGAGGGUUGCUGCGCGAAGUGCAAGGGUUGCUGGUACAACGGCACGGAGCACGCGUCACACACCGACUGGAACGAGGACAACCGGGUGCUGAGGUGCGAGGCCGGUGUCAUCACUAUCACCAAGCCCGAGUGCUACGUGCCCUGCGAUAGGCCCAAACAUCAACGGCAUACGCAUUAUAAUUGCCCAGUUUGUGAUGAAUGCGUGAUAAACGGACAGCGUGUUUGGGAGGGUCGCGACGUGCGCAUCCCGGAGGAGCCGUGCUUGUCGUGUCGCUGCGUGCACGGCGCGCUCUCCUGCGCAAAGCGCGCCUGCCCUGUGCUGCCGUGCUCGCGCGCGCAGCAACACACGCCGCCCGGAGAGUGCUGUCCCCGCUGUACUCAUCCCACGUCCGAUAAGAUCCUACCGACUUCAGGUUCGACACCAUUCAAGCCCAAGCCGUGUAUCAUUGGGAAGGAGUACCAUCGCCACCAGAUCCCGUUCCGGGUGGAUCCCUGCACAGACUGCACGUGUCUGAACGGCACUGCGGUGUGUACGAGACACACGUGCCCGGUGCUGACGUGUGGGGCGAGAGCGCUGCCGCCUGCGCCGGGGAAAUGUUGCCCCGAGUGCCCGCAAGUCGAGGAAGCUAAAGCCGCUUGUAUUAUCGGAAGGAAAACUUAUCAGGAUGGAGAAACGUGGCAACUAGAUGCUUGCAAGUCCUGCGAAUGUCACAAUGGUGAACCGCGCUGUGCCAUGGAACGAUGUCCAGUGCUAACCUGUCCGCCUGACCAGACUCUGCGUCAGCUGCCCGGACAGUGCUGCCAGAAAUGCGUCGACAUCGAUGGAAUCUGUACUGUGUUCGGUGACCCACACUAUAAAACUUUCGACGGAAAGUUCUAUAGUUUUCAGGGGUCAUGUAAAUACCAACUUGCUUCGGAUUGCGCUAACGGCACGUUUUCUAUCAGGAUAUCUAAUGAUGCCCGAAAUACUUCGCACUCGUCUUGGACUCGAACUGCUACUCUCAGAAUAGGUGCCACCAAAAUUAAUAUGGGGAAAAAGAUGCGAAUAAAAGUCAACGGCCGAAGAGUGCCCUUGCCGCACAGAAUUGAUGGCGUAGCAGAAAUAGCUCGCAGUAAUGGAUCUGUUCUCUUGAAGGCUGAUAUUGGCAUACAGAUGCUGUGGGAUGGUGACGGCUUUCUGGAAGUGACAGUAUCAAGUGUGUACAAAGGAAAAUUAUGUGGUCUUUGUGGUAAUUUCAAUUCAGUGGCUAGAGACGAUAUGAAAACCCGUGAUGGCAGGCUACUCAACGAUACUUGGAGGUUUGGAUCUUCUUGGCGAGUUGGUGGAACUCGCGCGUGUACAAGACGUCAGAAGCGACCCGGCACGAAUAUGUAUCGUCAAUCAAAACUGAUGAAGGCCCGACGAUUGUGUAGAGGAUUCGUGCGAUACGAGGCUUUCACUGAUUGUACCAUGAAGUUAAAUCCUCAUAACUAUCAGGAAGCUUGUGAAGUUGAUGCUCGCAGUUGUUCGGGGACGCGCUGUCACUGCGCAGCGUACCGGGCGUACGCGCGGGAGUGCUCGCGCCUGGGCGCGGAGCCGCUGGAGUGGGAGAGGGGCGCGUGGUGCGCGGGCCCGCCGCCGCCGUGGCUGGGGCGCCACCGCAAGCGCCCCGGCCGGCCCGCCGCGCGCCCCGACACCGGCCUGCUCGACCCCAGCGCCGUCACCAAGCCUAACAACCGCUCCCGCCCGCCGCCGCCCAUCCUACACUGAUGUGUGUCGUGGCGAAGCUUCUACUAGUCAAAAGCCAGUGUGGCGACGUGAGAGUAUUAUGAAUAUUUCGCAACUGGACUGUACUUGGGUUGCGUCUGAAAGACACAGCCAGCUUUAAAAGGAAUGAAGAUCUAUCUACUUAACAGUAUUCAUAAAACUAUUUCUAGUUAGGUAAACAAGAAUAUAAUAAGUAAGACCACCUGUAUAGCUCACUAUUGCCUCGCCAACCCGACCAGCAUUCUGUCGCUCAUUCCUUAGAAUAACACUUAACCAUUUGGAUCGGAAUACAGUUUGCUAAGCAGCUCGAUGUCAGCUAGGAGGUAGACCCCUCGCACCUAUCGCAUUGCAGGGCACUCGGGCUCUAGCGCAUGCUGUUUGCUGGUUGUUAAUAUGUGAUAAGCAAACACUAUGUUUUCAUUAAUAAAAAUAAAUUUAGUAAUUUAUUGCACUGUUAUACUAAACGUUUCUGUAAAAUGUGAUAAUUAGCUUUGAAUGUUCAGGCAAGGGAGGGACGUUUGGUUAAACAUAGUUCAAAUUGAGAUCUCAUCUGUAGGUAGUUCUUUACGAAAUCUUAGAUAAAUCUAGCUAUCCGAAGCCAAGAUGCUAAAGAGAUUGUGAGAGAUAUGUAUAGAUGUACAUAUGUAACACGUUAUGCGUUAAACAUUGUAACAGUAAGGAAGAAUAGCUGUAAUGUUUUAAUCGAAGACUCUUUGUAAAGUUUAGUUGUUAAAUACGUUACCAAUGAAUUUUAAUAUUUGACUUUGAUGUAUGUAAAAAUAAUUAUUUAGCUGAAGAAAUGUAAUGUGUGUCUAUAAGGUAUUUAUCGCUUCGCACAUAAGCAUGUGUGACGUCAAAUUUUAUGUUUCUUACGCAAUGCCAAGUGCCAUCAUAGGCGGCUAAAUCCACUAAAUUGUGAUAAUAAUAUCUGUCAAUGCCUCAUUGUUUACGACUAUAGCUUACUUAUACAAUAUACUUACUUUGUAUUAUAUGUAUGUGGAUGUCCUCUCAAAUGUGAGUAAUAACUAGUAAUGUUUCAAUAUAUUCCAGAAUAUAAUGUAUAAAGGGUGCUUCACUGUUUCAUAAAGCACGAACUCUGUCUUUGCGACGGAACCGGCUUCUGGGACUUGGUAACAAGCCAAUAGAUACAAUAUACUUUAAUCUUGUAAUAUUUAUUUAGUUGUUACAUUAUUAUGUUCCGAUUGUAAAAAGCCGCUUGUUUCUCUACGUACUCUGAUAACAGUUCAAGACUCCUUUACUAAAUAACUAUUACGUACAACUUAUUUCGUAUUAUUAAGCAGGGUCUACGUUUUAUGUAGGCUUUUAAGUUAUUUAAGAGAUUUAUUUGAUAUAAUUAUUUUUGUAAGAAAAUUUUAUGUUUUGCAAAUGUGUCCGAAUGUUAUUUAACACCUGUACCAUGUGAAUAAUUUGAAAGAAUCUUAUUGAAUAAUGUAAAAUUGCAUUUAAUUUAAAUAUGAAUUUUAUCUUCUUAACAGAAUACUUAGAUGAUAGUAGGUAUAAAAAUGCCAUACAAAAAUAAAUUUAAUGUCUAUGUCAAAGAAUGUGAAAAUGUGCUAUUUAUAAAUGUGUCAUAAAAUAUUGAAAAUCCUCGAUGUAAGCGUAUAUUUAGUACUGACCAGAGGUGGAGUAAUGUUAUGGAUGUGAGUUACUUACUUGGCGUUUCUGGUUAUAAGAAAAACGAUGAACAAAGAAUUACGUAAUAAAUAAUUAUUAUUGAAA